UAGGCGGGUAAUCCAAGGCUAUAGUCAGUUGCAGAAAGUUCGGGGGCAUUGCAGGAUAUUUGCGGCAGCCUUAGGGGCAUUGUCCCAGGUUCAGCAGUAUGCCCGAAGAAAAUGCUAACUGCUGUACAGAUUAAUUUCUAACCAGUGACUGAGUGAGUGAGUCCGCCUGUAUAUAUGUGCGUCACCACAUUGUAAUGCGAUACUUCAAAAGUCAAGGAUUUCGUCUGCUGACUGCAGCUUCAAUUUACUGUGGUUUACAUUCUACUGGAUCUGAGUUAAAAAUUCAACAGUGGAACUAUAAUUGGGAUAAAUCACAUGGUGUACACAGUGAUUUGAAGACUGAUUCAAAGUUGAAUACCACUCAUCAUCAUCAGCAGCAGCAACAAUCAUAUUAUAAGCUAAUUAUAUUUAUACGUCAUGGACAAUAUCAUGUAAAUAAAAAGAAAUCAGAAGAGAAAGUACUCACUGAUAUUGGUUGGCGACAGGCAUAUGCUACAGGAUGUCGACUGAAAGAAAUGGGAAUCAAAAUUGAUCGAAUUAUACACUCAGAUUUAAUUCGUGCCAGACAAACAACAGCCGGUGUACUCGUUGGCUUACAAAAUAAUGUUGAUUCACUGUUUGACACACCAGAAAUUGUUAAACUUGUGAGUCCAGAUGCAUCCAGGUUGGGAGAUUCUAAAUCCUGCCCUCUACCAAUAACCGGCAAUCAUAAUAAUAAUAAUAAUGAACCGAAGAGCACUCCAACGUCUGUAGCCGCUACUACUAAUACUGCUACUACUCCAGUAGAUAUUCGAAUGAUUGAAUCCCCAUACAGUCCAUAUGUAAAUGCAAAAUUUGAUUGCCAGUUGUCACGUUUUCUAACUGAAGGUCCACCGCCAGUUGCACCUGUACCGUCAACAGCAUCUUCAAGAAAGCGAUCCAAUGAUAAUAUUCACGAGAAAGAAGGUAUCCGCAUUGACAAUGGAUUCCAAAUCCAUCUGCAUAGACAACCAAUCACUAGUCAAGGUUUGAUGGCUUGUAACGGUCCUGAAUAUUGUCCAAUUCAAUGUUGUACAAAAACAAACAGUAGUACAACUCCUGUUUAUCGUGAUAGUCACCGUCGUCGUCGUGGUAGUACUAAUAGUAGUAGUAGUAGUAGUAUCAUUGUCCAGUGUAAUUGUCCAUGUCAUCGAAUUGCUGAGAAUCAACCCAUUGAAACGAUUGUAUUUAUUGGUCAUGCAAAUGUAUUUCGUUAUUGGAUCUGUAGACUGUUACAAUUACCAUCUGAAGGUUGGUUACGUUUAUCGUUAGGCCAUGGAAGUAUUAGUAAAGUGGUCAUUACAAAUGAUGAAUGUUUCGUGGAUAACAGUAAUCCUGCUAUUUAUGCUGAUCAAGGCGAUGGCUUCAGUGGAGAGAUGACAUCAAAGUAUUAUGGUUGUGCUGUAACUCUGUGUAGUUUUGGUGAUGUUGGACAUUUACCACCCGAGUUGUUAACGUAUUAAAGACUAUUCAGCCGGUUUUCUCCAACCUCCUUCUCCUACCCUCCAGGCACAGUCUAGUCGCGUAUAUGUCAAUCAGUCGUUAUCAAGAGGUGAUUGUAUUCAGAUAGAGGAAUUAUAUAAUCUAUCACAUACUUUUAUAUUGUAUGUAUACUGUACAGUUGAUUUUGAUUCUGUAUGAGAU